AUGAGGGGACAUGAGAUCGCCUCAAAAAGAGUUCCUGGUUCCACCCACACAACGUCCCAACAGUGCCAGGAGCACCUUUCUCUGUCGCCUGGAUCUCUCCAUCGGCCGAGGGGCUGUGUCAGGCACACAAAAGCUGAUCGGAAAAGGCAGUUUAAAGACGAUCCUUUCCUGAUCUAUUGCCGUGGCCUGGAACUGCCAAUAUUCCUGGAUGAAGAGACCUCCAGGAAGAGCAGACUAGGUUCUUCCCGAAGAGGCAGCUUCCUUCAGGGAGCGCCGCGGUGUGGGGUGUGGUGGGAGGUUUCAUUCCCUGAACCACAGUCGCUGGCCGCCGUUCCUCCGCCUCCAGCCCUCGUCUCGCGGGUCCCCAGCCCGUUACAAACUCUCCAGAUCUGGGCGCGGGCCUCUGCCCCCGCGCCCCAGGUGUGCGCCCGGGGCGCCCCUAAUGCGUGCUGGGCUCCCGUGGGCGCGCGGCAGACACGGGGGGCGCGCACGGGGCGCGGGGACACAGGCACGGGCCCACGCGCGCCAGCUCACCCUCGCCCGCAGCCCCAACGCCCUCUGGGGCGCAGCGACCCGCCAGGGAGGGGCGCCCCCGAGCAGCCCCUCAGCUUCCCCCGCCCCCAGGAGGCGCGUGUCCCUUUCCCCACCGGGUCGCGGGGAGGACCGGCGUCCUUCCCAGCCCUCCAGGGGGACCCCCUCCUAGAGCGUGGACACGAAGCAGCGACGCAGCAAAAGAGGGUUGAUGCAGCUCCCAACUCACGCCUGCACUGAGCCGCCUCAGCCCCUUGAUGAAAGCUUUCCGUGUCCUCGGGAGACCGCCACCCGGUAAUCCUCCGACAGAACCGGCUUUCCCGCAAACCACCGCGACAGCUCCUUCGUGUGUGCCUGGUAGGGUUUAGGCUCUGCAGAAAGAAGUGCUAAUGCCACCGUGCCCGCAUACAAAAGGUCCAGCUGCUUUGGUGCCACUUAGGCAGUGGAUCCCUAAUCUCCUGCCUACUCCCCAGCUGUGACCCUCCGGCUAACCGGGCCAAGAACAGGAAGGGCAAGUAAGCAAACCUUGGACAGCUCCAUGGACUGCACAUUGAGACUGGCAAGAACUCAGAGGAACCUGGAAUGAUCGCCUCCUUGGUUUCUGAGUGGCCAUCUGCUUGUAUAGGAUAAAUAAAUGUUCUCUGUGAGAAAGGGAGACCAUCUCCUUAAAAGACAACAAGAUAUUUUUAAAGAGUAACCUUUAAAAUAGUACAUGCCAUCAGUUUUUCUUACUAAAGCAAUAAAAUACAGGAUAAAACUUUAUGAUUUUAAAAACAUAAAAUACUCUUUUGACAUGACAAUACACAGGCUAGGAUUUCACAAGGAAACUGUGUAGAAACCAAAAGCCUCAAGCUCCGAAUCUGACAGACUCUCAUGGGCUCUCCCAUUAUGUCCCUGUACAGUACCCUGUACAGCACCACAGAGCAAAAGGCUUAGAAGGAUACUGAAGAUUUCAGGCUAUCACAGAAAAGGGAAACUUAAAACAGCAUCAGAGACCACUUCCAAAGUCCACUGGCCACAUUCGAUUUCAGGAGCCCCCCUGCACCCCCUUUCUCUAGCAGCCAGGUUGCCAGGGCCUGCUUCCUUCCAAAUCAGAAUGCUUCCUUCAUGCCUUCUCUUCCCUUCCCUUGUGAGUCCUGGGACUGAUCCCCACACCCCCAGCCAUAUAGGACUGAUUUUGCAUUCAGUUACCUCUACUUGAAAAAAGUGCCUUUUUCUCCUAGAAAGGAACACUCAACAAGUUGAUUAUAAUGUAAAUAUAGAGGUUAAAAAUUCUUGUUGUGAAUAGUGUUGGCAAAUAUUUUCAACAUAUUAAGUGAAAGCAAAAGUUACAAAACAGAAUGGUACAAAUUUGGAUAUGUAUGAUUAGAAGGAAAUACACCAAACAUUAGAAAUGUUUUUUGUCACCCGGUGGAAUCACAGGUCACUUAAAUAAUACUUUCCAGUAUUUUUCGCAUUUUCUACAAUGGGCAUAUGUGUCCGAAAAAUAUUUUAAUGCCAGAAAAAUAUUAUUUCAAAAAAAUUGAUGAAACUGUUAGACCUAUAAAGACAAUGUAGGUAGUUCCAUGGUUACUGGGGAGCUCCUUAAAAUCCUGCUUCCUUGUGUUGGCAGUGAAGAAGCCAAUUACAUGUUUAGGAAUAAUCCCAGGUGAUUCUAAUGCAACAAGUAUUUGUUCUAUGCUUUGACAAACAUUGGAAGUAGCUGAAAGUUUGGAGUUUUGAAUAAAAAAUCUACACCUUGA